AUGGCAAGUGGCAAGCCGACCGUACACACUGUAGACACCACCGAUACUAUCGAGCCGGUUAGAGACACCACUGCUCCUAUCAGCAAAGGGGCCGAAAAGGCGGCAGAGUUUCUGGCUCAGCAUGGGGAAGUCGCCUUUGAUUAUGAAGAGGAGCGACGUGUGCUAAGGCGCAUCGAUAUGCGUAUCUUGCCAUUGAUCCUAGGAGCCUACUUCUUCCAACAGCUGGACAAGAGUGCAUUGUCGUAUACUUCGAUUUUCGGUCUUACAAACGACGCAAAUUUGAAAGGAAACGAAUAUAGUUGGCUCGGCUCAAUCCUAUACGUUGCACAACUGAUUUUCCAGCCUUUGGCAGCUCUUCUCCUUGUGAAGUUUCCGUAUGGAAAAGUCAUUGGUAUUGCCAUCAUCGGUUGGGGAUGCAGUGCAGCAAUCGCUGCCGCCUGUACCAAUUUCAAAUCACUCAUGGCUUUGCGGUUUCUUCUGGGCACAUUCGAAUCCAUGAUAGCACCUUCACUAGUUGCUGUAACACAGAUGUGGUGGCGACGAUCAGAACAGACUCUACGCAACUCAUAUUGGAACGCCAUGAAUGGUGUCACGUUCAUUGUCGGAUCAUUGGUAACUUUUGGUCUUGGUCAUAUCGAAAGCAAUCGGAUCUACAAGUACCAGACGGUAUUUAUCUUCUGUGGUGGCUUGACUGUCCUCUUUGGCAUUGCUUUUAUCAUUCUGAUGCCUGACUCUCCAAUGGAGACACAUUACCUCAAAGAGCGCGAGAAGAUCAUCGCGAUCGAGCGGCUUCGCGCCAAUCAGAUGGGUGUAGCUAGUCGUACGUGGCGUUGGGAUCAUGCGCUUGAAACUUUAAUGGACGUCAAGACUUGGUUGUGGUUCAUUUUGAUCGUCUCCGUCUCAAUCCCAAGUGGUGGAUUCAGUUCCUUCGGCAGCUUGAUCAUCAAGGACUUUGGUUAUGUCAACUUCCAAGCGAUUCUGUUCCAACUCCCUGUCGGGGCGCUUCAGAUCAUCGUCAUCACUGGAUCGGCCUGGUUCGCAACCAAGUACGGACGGAAAGGCCUAACAAUUACUUGCAUUUCGAUAUUGCCCAUAAUCGGCAUUGUCUUGAUGCUGACUAUUCCUCGAUCACAGAAAGGAGUCCUCCUUUUCGGUUAUUACCUUGUUCAGUGUUUUGCCGCCAUCACUCCCAUGGUAUAUACUUGGCAAGCUCAGAACACCGCUGGGGACACCAAGAAGAAGACUACGUCAGCUGUUGUCUUCGUAGGAAUGUGCACUGGAAACAUUAUCGGGCCCCAACUCUAUAAUAUCAACGAUGCACCUACCUACAGACCAGGUCUGAUAUCAAAUCUGAUACUGUUUGUCCUGGUUGGUGCUUUGGGACUUCUCAUUCCGAUGUACUUGAUGUUCUUGAACCGGCAGCAUGCAAAGAUGCGCGAGCAGCUCGGAGGCUCGGCGGAUAUUGUUGAUGAAUCCAUGAUGAGGAGGAAAGACAUGACUGACAGUAAACAAGUAGAUCUGGAGCACGAUGAGCACGUACAAACACAGAAGCUUGAUGAUGAUAAGGGUCUACAGGAUGUCACGGAUCUCAAGAACGAGAAUUUCAUCUAUGUUGUCUGA